CGUCCAUACCUACGUCAGUCCGCGUUCGGCCGCCGUUCUCUUCGUGCAUUGUGAAGCUGUUGUGAUUUGUGUUUGGAACUUUCGCGGAUCGCGAACUUUUAUAAGAAAAACUUUGUUUGUGGUUUAUUAAUAACGAUUGAGGACAUUACAGGAUUGUUUGUGUGUGAGAAGACAGGUUUUAUGUUAAGACAAGACGCGUGAGGUGUGUUGGCAGUGUUUUGUGGUCACAGGUGUCGCAUUCCAGUGGGUACGCCGCCUUCCCAGCCUCCGUAGUCCACUACUCCAUAGAUCGUAACCAAUAAAGCCGAGAUCUUAUCAUAGCAGGUGGACAGAAAUUUACUUUUCUCACAAAUUAAGAAUGGCGGUGCGGUUAUGAACAAUAAAUCACGUUCAGAUGGCCCAAUGGAACAGAUGGUUUAGGGAAUGCUAGCACCUCGGAGUAAUUAUUGCUGAGAUGGCGCGGAGGGGCGCGCUUAUCCAGCACACAACGAUUUGGCUACUCGUCUUUCUACUGCCGAUAGCAUGGGCGACUCCAGGGCCGUGCGAAGUCGAAACUGGACAGUCCAGCAUUAUAGUCGACAUAGAAGAGAGUCGAGGAGAUCAAGUCAACCAAACCACAAUACCAGAAGUAUUGCCGAUCGUCGGAGAGCCCGAUGUUGACGUGGUACUUUCGACUGUGUUCCCAAAAGGCCCUACUCUAUUCCAAUUAGAUGGCAAGCGUUUGCAACUUUUGCAGCCUCUGGACAGGGAUGCAGAUAACUUAUCGCAUAUGGUAUUCCAGCUGGUCUGUCAAGUGAAAGCGACGAAAAAGCGCCGGACGAUACCCGUAAUUGUGAGAGUAUCAGACAUUAAUGACAAUGCACCGGUGUUCCAAGGCACGCCGUAUGAAACUGGUAUAUCAGAGCUGGUGCCAAUUGGUACUACAGUAUUUGAUGGUAUACGAGCGGUGGACAGUGAUGCAGGAGUCAAUGGUCUAGCAGAGUAUUUCAUAGUACCAGGAGACGAUAACACGAUAGAUGCAGCGAACGCGGUCGACGGUUACGGCUACUUCGCAAUACCUCUACCUCAUCAGGGUCAUGUCACUGUCAACAGGAGUUUAGAUUACGAGCGCACGAAGAAAUAUCUAGUCACUAUUAUUGCUUCUGAUCGUGCACGUGAUACUAAGCAUCGCCUGUCGAGUACCACGACUCUUACUGUGAACGUUCAGGAUGACGAUGAUCAAGACCCCUCCUUCAUUUACAAGGGGUGCACUAUGCAUGACGGCGCCUGUAUCAAUCCAGAAUAUAGUAGUUAUGUAAACGGUGGAGUUCUCGCCGGAAUCCUAACCAUAGAGCCAGAGAAGAUACAAGCAGUAGAUAUGGAUACACUGGACGCUCGCAUCAAAUACAGUAUAGAGAGUGGCGAGCCAGAUUCGUGGGCCACCUACUUCGAUAUAGACACUAACACUGGUGCUGUGAGACAGUUGGUGCCUGUAGACACUAGCAUAGCUAAGAAGUUCCAACUUAUAGUCAAGGCUGAAGAGAUAUCAGAAGCUAAACGCUUCACGACCGCUAAGUUAACCAUCACAGUGCGUCCAGUGGACGCCAGCCCGCCUGUUGUAGAAGCGUCCAUGGAUGAAGGCCAGGUCGAAGAGAAUUCACCCAAAGGAACCAAAGUGCUCGAUAUUCAAUCACAGCCUAUACAAUUGAGCGUUUCUGAUCCUGAUCUGGGACCAGGAGACCCCGUGCCAAAGUACAAAUUCGAGUUGACAACCAACUUCUUCGACAUCGACAAAGAUGGCUACCUCAUAGUGGCGGACGAUACGUUGGACCGAGAUCCCCCGAACCUCGGCAAAUUUAGGUUCCAAGUGGUAGCUCGCGAAGUGACUGGCGGUGCGGCGUCGGCGCCAUAUUCGUUGGCAGUGAAGCUGCUGGAUCAGAAUGACAACGCUCCCGUUAUACCAAAGACACAACCCAUCACUGUACCUGCUAGCUUAGAACCCACUGCCGUUUAUAAGGUGGAGGCCACGGACAUAGACGAGGGUGAAAACGCACGGAUAUCGUACGGCAUCUACCACGUGUCUAACAACGGCGGUAACAAGUUCACUAUUGACCCCACCACUGGUGUGAUAUCCAGUACAGGCCGUCUCCAAGCGGGAGAACAGUACAGCGUGACAGUUCGCGCGACGGACGCCAAAGGCCUCAGCUCCCAGGGUAUAGUGGAACUGAUGGUGGCUCCUGGACCCAACACUCGACCACCACAGUUCUCUUCGAGGGACUAUUAUGCGCCUGUGUCUGAAGGAGCAGCCAUUAAUUCAACUGUCAUCACAGUUACAGCUAAAGAUCCAGAAAACGAGCCAGUGACGUAUUCUAUAGUGUCAGGCAACGACCUCCGUCAGUUCGCCAUUGGGUCCAACACUGGUAUAAUCACCGUCAUAAGGCGGCUAGAUAGGGAAGUCCUUACGAGGUAUCAGUUGAUGGUCAGAGCAGAGGACCCAGGGAAGUUAUCUUCAACUGCCACAGUCAAUAUCAAGGUCACUGACAUCAACGACAAUAAUCCAAAGUUCGAGGAAGACUCCUACUCGUUUCAGGUUAAAGAAGGUAAAUCAGGCGAAGGCGUGGGGUAUGUUCACGCUACAGACAUAGACGAAGGAGUGAACGCCAUGGUCACCUACAGUAUACCCUCUCAUAUACCUUUCGUCAUAGACAACGCGACCGGCUUGAUUAGCACUAACACUGCGCUGGAUUAUGAAGACAUUAAGGAUUACGCAUUCGUAGUGACAGCUACCGACGGCGCGAUAGACAAGCGGCUGGGCACCGCGUCGGUCACCGUGAUGGUGGAGGACGUGCCAGACGAGCCGCCUGUGUUCGCGCAGGGGCUCUACUCUGUGCGCGUACCCGAAAAUGCGCCUAACUACCCUGUUGUUAAGGUCCUUGCAGAAGACCCAGAUACGAUGCCCGAAGUAACUUACACCAUUAUUAAGGGAGACACGGACCUAUUCUCUAUAGACCGCAAGUCCGGGUUAAUAAGAACACUACAACCGUUGGACAGAGAAGCGAGCGCUAGACACGAAUUGGUUGUUGGCACCGAGGAGAAUAACGAACAGGGUAGAGGGGCUACUACUACUGUGGAAGUUCUUGUAGAUGACAAAAACGACAACGCACCAGUCUUCACAUCAGCAGUACGUCCCGUCACCAUAGAGGAUACAUCGUCCAUCGGCAGUUUGGUGGAGACGGUGGUAGCGAGCGACGCGGACGCUACAGCGCCCAAUAACCGCAUCCGAUACGCGCUGGCGGGACGGGGCAAGGCUUCGAAGUACUUCCAUGUGGAGCCUGAUACUGGUGCUGUUAAAGUGAGGGACGAUUUGAGGAAGGAGACCGAUAGCGAAUAUACCGUGGACAUACAAGCAUACGAUGAAGGCGAUCCCGUGAUGUCAUCAGUGAUGAGUCUCACUGUAUACGUGAGCCAUUCGGCUACAGUACCGCCAGAUGUCAGACUUGGAUUCCCCGAUACAACAUACACGGAACACGUGGCCGAGAAUUCUCCUAACGGCACUCUAGUGAGGACAUUGCCUAUUUGGAACAAGAGCAAGCAUUCCCGAGACACCCCACUCAAGUGUUUGCUUACUGAUACCACUCAAAAAGGCGCAUUCUACGUGAAACUUACCGAAGAGAGAGACUGUGCGAUCUACCUCAACAGUUCAUUGGACUAUGAAACAUUGACCGAAUACUCGCUGGAGAUCCAACUCGAGUCUAUACAGGGUCUAAUAAACCCCGAGGCAAAUAAAGCGGUGAUCAAAGUUCAUGUGACAGAUGUCAACGACAAUGCACCAGUGUUUAUAUUCCCCGAGCAGUCCUCUAUUGUGGGCGCUAAAGGGAAAUAUUUUGCGAUCGCUACUAAAGAAAUGCCCUUGGGAACUAAUGUAUUGCAAGUGACGGCGAAAGACAGAGACAGUGGGGAUUUCGGUAAAAUAGAGUACCGUAAAAAUGCAUGGACGAAAGCGGCUGAAGAAUACUUCGCGCUCAAUGCGGACACUGGACUCAUUAGUAACAUAAAAACUUUCGAAAAUGUUCCCAAAGAAGUCCUACCGUUCAAGUUCAAUGUGAUGGCCAGAGACAAUCCUAAAGCUGAGGACUACAAGACCGCCCGGGCUUCUGUUGUGAUAAACCUCCUUCAAAAAGACAACCAACUGAUAAUGGAAGUGGGAGACCAAAAUAUGGGUGCAAUAACUCCAUUACAAGCUCGCAACUUACUAGUUGGAGUGGAAGAGAAGAGUGGCUUAGUCGCUGGUCUAGAGAAGCUAACGCCUAGGCUUUACUUGGGAGAGAACGGGACCAUAGAGAAUGAUCCUAAAGCCACCAAUGUAUGGCUGUAUUUGCUCGAUCCGAAUACUGGAGAAAUAUUGACCAGAGAUUCGCAGCCAGUAAAAAAAGCAAUAGACAAUGGUGUAAUAGUCAAAGCGCCUCUCGUCCCCGCGGAGCAGCCCCGAAGGCCACAGAUCGCUGCCGCGCCGUUGACUACUGCCUUACCCGCGGCGUUGCUCGCCUUGGCCGCUUUGGUACUUGUAGCUGCGACUGCCGCUACCAUCUAUAUUUGCGCCUCUUGGAACAGAUACAAGAAGCACAAGGAGCAAGCGUUGCAGCAGUACGGCACGCUCAGCGUCAGCAUGGCGCCGCCGCGACCGCCCUCGGGCUACGAGUCCAGUGAGGACGAGCCUGCGCCUAGAUACGAAACUCAGGUUUUGAAUAUGGCGGUGGACGACGCCGACCUGCAGCUCGACUUCAGUUCGAAUAACCACGCCUUCAAUUUCCAUAAUGUGCAAUAUUUAUCCAAAGACAACGGUGAACGAAGUCCAACGCUCUCCGAAACAGCGACAACGGCGCGCGCGUCAAGCGUCAACGAGAACGGUGGCUCGCUGAACAAAGUCCACAACCACAACUUCGACAGUUUAGCGAACAACACAUCCAAUGCGCGCAACACUCAGACGUUAAACCGACGAGUGCCAAACAAUCACGCGUUGAACAACGCUCUGGGCACUUUACCACGAGUCAAUAACAAUAACUUGGGUGGCGGGUUAUUAGCUGCGACGCUUGGUAGGAAGAUUAACAGCGGAAACCACAAAAAGAAAGCAUCGCAGCCUAUAAUGGCGUAUGAUGAGAUUCCAGGGUUGCAAAGGGCCACCGAUAAUGACAAUGUAAUAUUCGGGAAGCGAAACUUCAGUGGAUUCUCUUACGAACAAUCACCCGUAGAAACUACCACAGAGCUUUAGUUCCCCCAAAAUAACAAUGAGACAUUGUGAAGUGAAUGGAAGUGAAACAAAAGUGAAUCAGAAGUGAAUCUCAGCCUUGAAAGUACUAAAGUGUUUGUGUUCAACGAAUAUUUUUAAUAUAUUAAAUAAUUUACGACUGAAUAAAUGCUUCAAAAGAUAGAUGUUAUUAUUAAACUGAGUGUUUUCGUAUCUAGAUAGACUUUUGCACAGUUCUGAAUUGUUUUCAAUAAACACAUUUUUAACUGACUUCAAAAAAAAGGAGGUUUCUGAAUUCGACCGUAUAUAUUUUUAACUGCAAAUUUGUAGUUGUAAAUACGUUCAUGACAACAAUUUCAAGUUUUUAAACGUGAAUUUUAUGGCAAUAAUUUUUUUAUAGAUGUCACAUAGUUUCUACACAUAUUCGAAACCGGUAUCAGUAUCCAUUGUGUGAAUUAACUUAAAAUUCAUUUUUAACUGCAAUUUUGUAGUUGUAAAUACAUUUAUUAUGGCAACAAUUUCAACACGUUUUUAAACUGAUAUUUUUGAAAUUUUAUAUAUGUAUUUUGAUGUCACGUAGUUUCUAAACUAACAGGUAUCAGUAUCUUGGUGAGAAUUAACACGCUCGUAAGAGUGACUAUUCAAAGUAAAAUGAACCUAUCUACAUUUGUUUUAAAGUCGUAUUUCCUUUACUACUCUUCAUAAUGGUCACUGAUCAUCCGAUUGCCUUUAUGCAGUGUAUAUGAACAAAUUUGAACCUUAUUGCGUAGAAAAUAAGAUGCAAUUUCUUUGUCCAUAUUGUUUGACUCCACCAAAGUCUAUCUAGAUACGUCUACAGUCUAUGUGAAUAACGAAUUAUUAGAUAACUUGUAAUUACUUAGCGCGGGCUAGUCUUUUUAACUGAACAAAAUGUGCAUAUAUAAAAAAAUAAAACUUGUAAAUAAUAGAGGCAUUACGUAAAAUGUAUAUUUUUGUAGGUACCUGACCUGUAAAUACAGGUACAAAUAGUUUUGUACAGAUUUUUUAUAUUAUCUAAAUAUUCUUCUGUAAUUGUUAUUACUUAUAGCCUUUGCAUACGACGAUUCUGUGCAAUGUUAAAUACUGUUAGAUGUGUUACUAGGUCAUGAAAAAUGAGACGCUCAAAAGAGGACGGCCUCCGUGGCGCAAUGGUAUGCGCGGUGGAUCUACGAAACUAAGGUCCUGGGUUCGAUCCCCGGCUGGACCGAUUGAGAUUUUCUUAAUUGGUCCAGGUCCGGCUGGUGGGAGGCUUCGGCCGUCGCUAGUUACUACCCUACCGGCAAUGACGUACCGCCAAGCGAUUUCGCGUUCCGGUACGAUGUCGUGUAGAAACCGAAAGGUGUGUGAAUUUUCAUCCUCCUUCUAACAAGUUAGCCCGCUUCCAUCUUAGACUGCAUCAUCACUUACCACCAGGUGAGAUUAUAGUCAAGGGCUAACUUGUAAAGAAUAAAAAAAAAAGAGGAAAUUUCCACAUUUCAAUGUUAGUGUUAUGGUCAACAAUGAACGUUAUUUAAACAAAUAAUAUUUAAAUAUCGUCUACAAUGUCGAGUUGUGUGUUCAGGAAGUGUAAAAACUAUAUAUACAUAAACAAAUAAUGGAAUUAAAGACUAAAUUGUAGAUGUGUGCGCUCAAUUUUGCAGUCUAUUAUUCGGAUCACUUUUUGCGGUGAUUUUAAUGGGGACGUAACCGAUCUAUAGUAUAAAAUUAUCAUUGACUGUGUAUAUGUGACUAUUGCUGGUCGUAUUUUGUGGUAAAUAAUGAUCGAUUGUGUAUGAAAAAGUCGUAUUGUGCAAAGGCUGUGGUUUAUACACAAAGUAUUUGUGGCAUGUUUUAUACUCUUAUAACAUGAGUUUUCAUGUAUUUAUAUUACUUUAUAUAUUGUAAUACUUUUCUGCGAUGUUUUGCAAACGUUACUUUGCAAAAUUAUGAAAGGAAUGAAAGUGAAAUCAGUGGCGUAAAUGACACCAACUUAAUGUAUCGAUGUAGAAAGUCAAGUAGCACUGGAUAUAAUAUGUAAAGGCAUUUAAAAAAAUAAUUUGUAGUACGAGUAAACUGUAGGGUCAAUUAUAACUAACAAUUUGUUCGUUUAGAGCAUAGGUUCCCAAACUUUAUUUUCUCAUAGACCACUUUAAAGAUCCAGCUGGUUACGGUGAACUCUCUGCAGCUACAUUACUAUUUCCCAAAAUUCGAAAAAAUAUGAAAUUUUACUACCAGUAUGGAAACUUCCGUUGCGGCUCAGUUCAACAAAAUUAUCAGUUUUCGAAAAAAAGUGAGAAUUAAUAUCUGAAUUAAUUAAUUUAUUGUACUGUGAGUGAGAAGCUAAGUUGGCCAAUGAAAAAAGUGAUACUAUACAACUUUUAAUUAUUUAAAAUUUACUCACAGCACAAGGAUCCAAUAAUUUCUCACUAGUUUUAUUUAGAAAAUGUCCCAUUCAGUAUGAAACAAUAUCCCCGCUUACGUACCGUGAACCCCAUUUUUUGAACCCUUGGGGGUCCACCUGAACCACUUUGGGAACCAAUGGUUUAGAACUAACAAUUUAGGCCUUUUGUAGUCAAUGUUACGCCACAUAGUAUGUGCCACAGUCUUAUAAACCGUGUCUAAUUGCGAAUAUUAUUAUGGCGAAGCGUGCCAUUGUUAAUCUAGGCUUACAUUACGCUGUUUUCGUAAUUAAUACUACUUGGUAGACUCACAUUUUUGUAUAUCUGAAUAGUAGAUAACUAGAAUUUUAAUUCUACAUUGAAGCAUAAUUUUUACAUAAUAAUUAUGUAGCAAAAUCAAUAAUUAUGUAUCGAAUUGUAUGUAGUUUCAGUGAAAAUUUUCGUUAGAUAACUGUGUCAUAGAAAGUACUUGUAGUACUAGUUUUCCUUCCUGAUAUGUGUAUUAAACCAGCUCCUUCAGUCGAGAUUUUGGUAAGAUCAAAUAUAGCAAAGUCGAGGCGUAUUGUAAACUUAGCUUAAUAUUUAAAUAGUGGAGUCAUUUAUUACUAAUUUAUACUGUUUCAUUCGUUAAGUACAACCAUUUUCGAAACCUAUUCAAAGUAUGGAUACAAUAGCAUAUUUAUUCUAUAAAAAUAAGGCCAUUUUUAGAAUCGUCCAAGCGCUCUAUAAGUUUUAAUACUAAUUAAAACUUUACAAAAUUGUUUUUUUUUUGUCAAAGUUCGUCUACUACUCGUUUAAGCUCUUGCCAAAAUAAAUGACUAUGAAGUUACUUUUUUGAAUAAAGGGUGGUUAUUAUAUUAAAUUACUGUACCUUAAAAUUGUAUUUUGAAAUACAACAUUUAUUUAUAUCCAAAAAAAAAUACAUGCAAAACGUAUUAAAUAUUUAAUUUUUUUGAUAUCUGAGAAAUGUUGAGACCUUAAUGAUUUUGAUCCUUAGCAUUAAAUUCUCUAUUGGACUUAAUUUGGCUAUUCACUAAGUUUAUUUAAUUUAUAAUCAAACUUAGUGAAUAUAUUUUGUUUCUCUUCGGAUUUAAAAUUUAUUACGCCAAUGUAAUAAGAACUUUUCUAUUAAUUCUAUUCACUCAUAUUUUCUUCUAUAUCUAGUAAUUUUCUAUUUAAAAAUAUAUUUUAAUUCGAAAAUUUUGAGGUUUCCAUUUUGAAUCUCAUGUAUGAAUGUGUACGAAUUUUGUGCCAGUUACUAUAAUACCUUAGUUAUAGAACUUGUGUUUUAAAAAAUGUUUUAAUUCCUAGCAUAAUAAAAAAAAUGCUCAUUUUUUAUAUAAAAAUAAUUAUAAUUAUAAUUAUUAAUCAGAAGUAUGUGAUUUGUGCCAAACGGUUUUUGAUAAAAAAUCUAUAACUACUUAUCUUCUGUAUUUAUUAAUCGGUUCUUAUGUUACCUCCCUUUUUGUAUGAUACUUGUAAAUUUUAUAUAUAUUUUUGUUUUAAUACGAAGAACCUACUUACUUGUAGUUAUUUUUGUUUAGGAUUGUUUAAUACAUUUUUGGAAUAAAUUAAUUCUUAUUA